GACGACACUGGUUAGCUUCAGCUUCAGCUUUCAGGGACUAAUUAAGCCGCACAUACUCCGUGUCGUUAACUUUGUGUGGUCGACACACAUAAGCAGGCUCCUCCUCCCCCCUCCCCUCUCUGUUCUCUCUCUCCUCCCCCCCUCCCCGUCCUCCUCUAUGCUCAGUUCGGUGUGUGUCUCCUCUUUCAAAGGGCGCAAGGGUGGGAACAAGUCGUCCAACAAAGCAUGUUACAGCGCCGACAUGACUUGUCCGUCAGACAACGAAAAGAUCGUGAUCAACUGCGGGGGUAUUCGACACGAGACGUACCGCAGCACGCUAAAAACGCUGCCCGGCACGCGCCUGUCGUGGCUGACGGAGCCGGAUGCCUUCAGCAACUUCGACUACGACCCGAAGUCAGACGAGUUCUUCUUCGACCGGCACCCCAACACCUUCGCGUUCAUACUCAAUUACUAUAGAACAGGCAAGCUGCACUGCCCUAACGAUGUGUGCGGGCCGCUUUUUGAAGAAGAGCUCGCCUUCUGGGGCAUUGAUGAGACGGACGUGGAAGCCUGCUGCUGGAUGAACUACCGGCAGCACCGGGACGCUGAGGAGGCCCUGGACAGCUUUGAGACGCCCGAGCCCGACCCACCUGAGGACGACCCGGCGCUCACCGGCGGCGCCGACGGCGACCUGAAGCGCCUCUGCCUGCAGGAGGACGGCCGCAAGCCCAGCUGGUGGAGCGUGUGGCGGCCGCGCAUUUGGGCGCUCUUUGAGGAUCCGUACUCGUCCAAAUAUGCCCGGUACGUGGCUUUCGGGUCACUACUCUUCAUCCUCAUCUCCAUCUCCACAUUCUGCUUGGAAACGCACGAGGCCUUCAACACCAUCUAUAACAAGACUGAGAACGUGACAGUGGGCAAUGUGACGCGGGAGGAGGUGUCGUUCGAGGUGGUGACGGACAGUUGGCUGACCUACGUCGAGGGCGUCUGUGUGGUGUGGUUCACCAUUGAGGUGUUCACCCGCGUUAUCUUCUGCCCAGACAAGGCCGAGUUCUUCAAGAGCGCGCUGAACAUCAUCGACUUCGUGGCCAUCCUGCCCUUCUACCUGGAGGUGGCGCUGAGCGGCCUGUCCUCCAAAGCGGCCAAGGACGUCCUGGGCUUUCUGAGGGUGGUGCGAUUCGUCCGAAUCCUCCGAAUCUUCAAACUGACCCGCCAUUUCGUGGGCCUGCGGGUUUUGGGCCACACGCUUCGGGCCAGCACCAACGAGUUCUUGCUGCUCAUCAUCUUCCUUGCCCUGGGAGUCCUCAUCUUCGCCACUAUGAUCUACUAUGCUGAACGCAUUGGCGCUGACCCCGAUGACCCCACGGCCAGUGCCCACACGGCCUUUAAAAACAUCCCCAUCGGCUUCUGGUGGGCUGUGGUCACCAUGACGACACUAGGCUAUGGGGACAUGUACCCGGAGACGUGGUCGGGUAUGUUAGUGGGCGCUCUGUGCGCUCUGGCUGGUGUGCUGACCAUCGCCAUGCCUGUGCCAGUCAUCGUCAACAACUUCGGCAUGUACUACUCGCUGGCUAUGGCCAAGCAGAAGCUGCCCAAGAAGAAGAACAAGCACAUCCCUCGGGCGCCGCAGCCCGGCUCGCCCAACUACUGCAAGCCUGAUGCUCUGGCCAUGGCCACCGCCUCGCCGCACAGGAUCAUGGGUAACGUGCUGGGCGGCAUGGUGGGCUCGGGCAGCAUGGGAGGAGACUGCCCCUUAGCGCAGGAAGAGAUCAUCGAGAUCAACAGAGCAGGUGUGUGGGACUCUAAGCAGAAUGGCGAUGCCGCUAACGCCGCCCUGGCUAAUGAAGACUGCCCCACAAUAGACCAGGUGCUGGGUCCGGACGACAGGAGUCCAGCCACCGGUGGGCUGGGCUCCGGGACGGGGCGCGAGCGGUACCCGCACGACCGCGCCUGCUUUCUCCUCAGCACCGGAGAGUUCCGCACCACAGACAGCAACGUCAGGAAAGGUUGUGUCGUGUCAUGCGUUUCCACUGGCUAUGAGAAAUCCAGGAGCCUGAAUAACAUAUCGGGGAUGACUGGGGCUCCCCUGCGAUUGACCCCUGUUACCCCCAUCAACAGCUCCCCCUACGAACCCUACGAAUCUCCUGGCCCUCUCCGCCGUUGUCGUUCCCCCAUUCCUUCCAUUUUGUAACACAGCGAUGGAGAGAGAACAAAGACAAACCAUGCCAACUAGAAACAUCCCUUGAGAGACUCUCCACAAAUGCACCAUGAGGCGACAUUAAUACUAGU